AUCCUAUAACAGAUCAGACAAUCUCGGAUAAUACUGUCUAAGCUUGGUUGUAUUCCCAGUCAACAGACAAGAUUCGAAGAAGAAACACAUCGUACCGAUCAGGCUCAGUGACAUCAUGAAGUGUUCGGUGCAUGCUGACCAGACCGUCAUCAUGGUGUGUCGAGCCAAGCAAUGUGAGUCUUGCUUUGUUUGUGUACUCUGUAUAGCGGGAUCUCACAAUGGACACAAAAUGGCGACAGUAGAAGAAGCCGGAAAAGCGGCAGAGAAACGACUCCAUGAUGCAUCCAUGGCAAACGUUAACUUCCUAGAGGACCAGAAGAGAGAGAUGGAAACAAUCAAUAGCAUGGAGCAGACAACCAGUAGAAACGCUAUUGUAACAUCAUCAGAAGAAAGAUUGGGACAUAUUCUGGAAACUGAGGACUUUCUACAGAUCAUCCAACACGAGAAGAAAUCGAUGACGACACCAAAAGUAGAAAGUCUUCCCAAGGAUACCACACCCGACAUAGGAGCAGGUGAGAUCAAUAAGACUCUUGCCACGGGUUCCUUAUCAGCCCUACAGCAAUGUGAAUCUAGAAGCAGAUUUACAGACGAUGACACAUCGGACUUUGUGGGUACUGUUUAUAGACAGAAAUCACUGCAGUCAGUCUCCUCGUUCUCACUUGGGAAUGGGGGUUCUAUCAAAUGUGUUGCACUCUCCAAGAAAGAUCAGUCGUAUAUAGCUGUGUUUCGGGAAAAUCAAAUAUACGUUUGUGAUGAACAAGGUGUAUUAAUCUGCCGUCUAGUGUAUGAAUCGGAACCUCGUGGAAUGGUAAUUACCGAUGACAAAUGUCUACUCGUUGGCUUUUGUGAUAAACUGAGUGUGGAGAAGAUGACAUUGGACGGUAAACAGUUGGAUACCUUCAGUACAGCUCCUCUAAUGCCUAACAAAAUAUGUGUUGCAAGUAAUGGUGACAUCUUAGUCACACUUUUAUCAUCCUUCAAAGAUCCCCUCCCCGACAUAGUUGGAGCCGUGAGUCGGUACACACCACAAGGGAAAAGGAUGGUCACUUUUGAGCGGGACCGAUUCGGUAACAUCAUCCAUCCUAAGUAUAUAGCCGCAAGCCGAGUAUCUAACAUGGUGGCUAUAACUACCCACACCAACAAAAGCAGUGAAGGAGCUUUUCAUGGUCACCUGAUGGUGAUGACCGGGGACCUACAAGUGAAGUUUCGAUACCUCAGUGAUGGACGGGUCAUUCCUGGUGACGAAAAGUACCUACCAGACAUCUCAACCAAACAUUUUUGUGUCGGUUUUGAUUCCAACGAUAACAUAGUACUGGGAGAUUUAGUUUCAGGUUCUAUCGAGAUAAUAGACAGUUACGGACAAAUACUUCAAUAUCUUGGUAAAGUCGAUGGCCUGAGAAACCUCGUCUUUUCUAGCCAAGACGAAUUGUGGAUCGGAAAGACAAGCGGUCGAGUGGAGGUUUUCAAGUACACAUGAAUCUGGCAACCAUAGGAACGUAUCUGUAUGACGGUAUGGCAAUUGGAAUAAUACUUAAUUACAUUUUCUGUGCACACUGUAUUGUGGCCAGAAACUAAACUCACUGGAGCCAACAAAUGGCACACCUACACGCUGUUAUGUAAUCCUACUCGAAAUGUCUAAAUUUAUUUAGGUACAUAUUUUCGUUAUCAGUUCCAAAACGGCGAUGAUAUAAUGAAAGAUUAAGUGACUCAUUAAUGUGGAGGUUGCUUGUGAUAUACAUUAAACCAACAAGCUACAUGUAAAUUAACUCAUAUAUGUAGCGUAAUUCGACCUGAUGGUAUUUUGGAAGAUUUAAUUGGUCUAACAAAGAUAAUGGACGUUUUUGCCAGAGUUUUCUUCAUUAUUUAUAUCUUUUCAUUGUUUCAAUCUUCUGAAUCCCAGCGUCUGUCAGCAUUGCAUUAUUGGUUUCUAUGCGUCAGAAAGUUAUUGAACUACAUACCUAAAGGUUUUGACUAAUUACAUUAUGACUAUUGCUAAUUUUGGUACCGGAAACGCUUCUCCUUCGCCAUUCAGUUUUUAUGAGGAUUCACGACGUCUUUUUUAUUUUUUCAUUUAUAAAUUUCUUCAAUUACCGAAGUUUUCCUUUUAAAUUGCUUUCAGAGAUUGAUUUUUCUCUUUGUGAGUUGACGAUGCGGUAUUCCGAUAUGUAUGCAAUAUGUAUCGUCAUGCUUACUCUCACGUGUUUAUUAUGAAUUGAAUUUCUCGCUGUUUGGAACUACAAUCAAGGUCCGAUCGUUAGGUGAAAAUAAUUCGAAGUAAAACAACUACACGUACCUUACGAAAACAUGGAGA